UCGAAACAAUGGUUAUUUUCUACUAAUCAUAAAAAUAUUGGUACUUUAUAUUUUAUUUUUGGAAUUUGAUCAGGAUUAAUUGGAACUUCUUUAAGAAUAUUAAUUCGUUUAGAAUUAAGACACCCAGGAGCUUUAAUUGGGAAUGAUCAAAUUUAUAAUGUAAUUGUUACUGCUCAUGCUUUUGUAAUAAUUUUUUUUAUAGUAAUACCUGUGAUAAUUGGUGGGUUUGGAAAUUGAUUAGUUCCUUUAAUAUUAGGAGCUCCUGAUAUAGCUUUUCCUCGGAUAAAUAAUAUAAGAUUUUGAUUAUUACCUCCUUCAAUUACUUUACUUUUAUUAAGAAGUUUAGUGGAAAAUGGGGCGGGAACUGGUUGAACUGUUUAUCCUCCAUUAUCAGCUAAUGUUUCUCAUGCUGGGGCUUCAGUUGAUUUAGCAAUUUUUUCUUUACAUUUAGCAGGGAUUAGUUCAAUUUUAGGAGCUGUAAAUUUUUUAACAACAAUUAUUAAUAUACGACCAGUAGGAAUAUCAUUUGAUCGUGUUCCAUUAUUUGUUUGAUCAGUAUUUAUUACAGCUAUUUUAUUAUUAUUAUCUUUACCAGUAUUAGCGGGAGCAAUUACUAUAUUGUUAACGGAUCGAAAUAUUAAUACUUCUUUUUUUGACCCGGCAGGAGGAGGUGAUCCUAUUUUAUACCAACAUUUAUUUUGAUUUUUUGGUCACCCAGAAGUUUAUAUUUUAAUUUUACCAGGAUUUGGGAUUGUUUCUCAUAUUAUUUGUCAAGAAAGAGGAAAAAAAGAAGCUUUUGGAGUUUUAGGUAUAAUAUAUGCUAUUGCUGCAAUUGGUUUAUUAGGAUUUAUUGUUUGAGCUCAUCAUAUAUUUACUGUUGGGUUAGAUGUAGACACUCGAGCUUAUUUUACUUCAGCUACUAUAAUUAUUGCUGUUCCUACAGGGAUUAAAAUUUUUAGUUGAAUAGCAACAAUAUAUGGAACUCAAUUAAACCUUACUCCUGCUUUGUUAUGAUCUUUAGGGUUUGUAUUUUUAUUUACUGUAGGAGGAUUAACAGGUAUUGUUUUAGCUAAUUCUUCUUUAGAUAUUGUUUUACAUGAUACAUAUUAUGUAGUAGCUCAUUUUCAUUAUGUUUUAUCAAUAGGGGCUGUAUUUGCUAUUAUAGGAGGGUUUGUUCAUUGAUAUCCAUUAUUUACGGGUUUAUCAAUAGAUACAAUGUUAUUAAAAGCUCAAUUUUAUAUUAUAUUUUUGGGAGUAAACUUAACUUUUUUUCCUCAACAUUUUUUAGGUUUAUCAGGAAUACCUCGACGAUAUUCAGAUUAUCCUGAUUCUUAUAUUACAUGAAAUAUAAUUUCUUCUUUAGGAUCUUUAAUUUCAUUUUUAGGAACUUUAAUAUUUUUAUUUAUUAUAUGAAAAAGUUUAGUUUCUAAUCAAUCUGUAUUGUAUUCAGAAAAUUUAAAUUCUUCAAUUGAAUGGUAUCAAAAUCUUCCUCCUUCUGAACAUAGUUUCAUACAAAUACCUUUAUUAAUUAAAUAA